GGCGUGAGCUAAGCCUAGUAUGCGAUCUUGGAGGGACACCGUUGGCGAGCUGCUCAUACAAUGGCCGACGACGACCCGUACAACUUUACCAUCGACAUUGCUGGCGCCUCCCGCGCCAAAACCAAGUACGACGACGAGUCCAACGAGGCGAGCGAGGAUAGGAGCGACGCAUCGCUCUCGCCGCCCAAAGCCAAAGCCAAAACCAAGGUCAAAGCCGCGCCGGCCAAAGCGUCGAGUCAGUCGAAUGCGCUCGAUAAGGCCAAGAACUUUCUCUCCAAGUACUCCAAGCCCAUCGAGAAGCCCGUGCGGCGGCGCGUGACCUUGGACGACAGCGACGAGGAUGAGGCAAGCGAGGCGUCCGUGGAGCCGCCUACUACAAAGAAGGCGCCGGUGUCGCGCUAUGACGACGACGUGAGUGACAGCUUGGACGCGCCACCAACGCGAUCCAAGGUCACGCUCGACGACAUCAGCAUGGACGAGUCCGAGGACGAGCCGGUGCGGCAACCGACGAUUGCGGCCCCGAAAACGGUGCCUACGGUACAGCAAGUGCAGUCGACGCGCCCGGCUGUAGCAACGCGGACGGCCGACGACAGCGACGAUGAUGACCCACCGUCGUUUCACGAUGCGUCCGAGGACGACCAGCCGCCGACACGUGCUACUGCGGCAAUACCCGUUGUGACACCACCUAAGCAGGAGGAGGAAAGCGACGCCUACGACGACGACGACGUGGUCGACGAGGCGUCGAUGGUCGAGGAAGAGGACGAGGACGUUGACGAUGCGCCUGCCAAGAGCACUGUGGUGCCAACCAAAGCCAGCGAGCAACCUACGUACGACUACUCGAUGGAGUUUUCCCAGGACGACAACGACGAUGGCCCCAAGGCCACCACCAUGGCGCCGAGCGCGGUGCAGCCCGUGGCCAGCGAGAUGAGCGACGGAGACAACUACGGGGACGAGUCGUUUGCGGCCAGCGAGCCCGUACUCGAGCGCGUCGCCAAAGAGCCGAGCGAGGACAACUACGGGGAUGAGUCCUUUGCCGCAAGCGAGCCAGCCGCGCCCGCAAUGGAAGAGACACCUGCGUACGACGACGAGUCGUUCCAAGAGGCCUCCGUCGAUCUUGUCGUCGCGCCGGCAGUCGUGGUCCCACCCAGUGUGGCGCCCGUUCCUGCGCCCGCUGCAAUGGUCGAGCCAGCGUCCUCCGCACCGACGCUGCCAACACCACGUCCAUUGGUGGAGCCCACGGUGACGCUACCCACAGCAACGAUCUCAACCUCGGUACCUGCGGCGCCGCCAGUCGAGACCAGCCGCCCGCGCGUCAUGAUCGUGCGCGAGUACGAGCUUCCGGAGCGGCCAAAGGCAGAGAUGAAGGACGCGAGUACGCAAUAUACAGGCAACCACGUGCAGAUCCAGGCCGAUUUCGGCCCGCAGAGUGCUCCGUCGCCGCCGUUGGACCCGCCGUCGGUGCCAACUCCGACAUGGCAGCCACCUCACGAGACGUCGCAAGCGUCAUCGCAGUUCGGCCAUGCGCCGAUACCACCGCUUUUGAACGUCUCGCUCACCGGGUCGUCGGUGUACCGCCAUCAGCUGGCGCAGAUCCAGCUCCAGAUUCGCCGCAAGCGGCUCGAGACCGACCGCUUGCUGCGCGAGUCAUCGGCCUUUCGGUACACCUCACACGACGAGACGGACAAGUUUGUGAGCUUGAACCGACCGCGCAAGCUCGCGCUCUGGGAGGCGCUCAUGCAAGUGGACCCGAGUAUGAGCCAAGAGCAAGCCAUGAAGAUCGAAGCGCUCUCCAAGUCGGCGUAG